AUGCCUGCUGUCACAACAGGAAAAGUUCUCGUUACCGGCGCGAACGGCUACGUCGCCGUCUGGGUCGUGCGCACUCUGCUUGAGCAGGGCUACGUCGUUCGCGGAGCUGUGCGAUCGGAAAGUAAGGCUGCACAUUUGCGCACGGUGUUCGCAUCGUACGGCGACAAGCUCGAGCUGCUCGUGGCCGGCGCGUUCGACGAGGCGGUCAAGGGCGUCGAUGCCAUCGAGCACACCGCGUCGCCGUACCACUUCAAAGCGGGCGAUCCGGACGAGCUCAUCGUCCCCGCGCUGCACGGCACGACGCGCGUGCUCGAGUCCGCGCUCGCAUACGGCACUGCCGUUAAACGCGUCGUCAUCACCUCCUCCGUCGCAGCGGUGAUGCGCAUCGAGGAGCAACCGCUGACGCUGUCCGAGGCGGACUGGAACGACCAGGCCAUCGUCGAGGUGCGCGAGAAGGGGCGCGGCUCUAGCCAAGCGGCCAAGUACCGCGCGAGCAAGACACUCGCCGAGCGGGCCGCAUGGGAGUUCGUCGAGAAGAAUAAGGGCGCGAUCGGCUGGGACCUCGUCGUGCUCAAUCCGCCGUUUGUCUAUGGCCCCGCAUUGCACGAAGUCGACAAGCCCGAGGCGCUCAAUGAGAGCAUGCACAGCUGGUUCCACAGCGUGUUGAAGAAUCUGCAUGACCCAAAGCAGCUGGGGGUGAUUGGCGGAGAGUGGAUUGAUGUGCGGGACCUCGCGCAGGGUCACGUCCUUGCAAUCCAGAAAGAAGAGGCAGGUGGAGAGCGGUUCGUCGUCACGCAGGGCCCUUGGAAGUGGCAGGACUGGAUCAACGCUGCAAGCGAAUACGGCGUAACCACCUCAACUGGCGAUGAUUCUUACGACCCUGCGAAGGCAACGCAGCCGAUAAGAUACGAUGCAUCGAAGGCAAGCAGGGUGCUUGGAAUCAAGUACCACUCGAUCAAGGAAACCACGCGCGAUAUCCUCGAUGACCUCAAGUCCAGGAAAUGGAUCUAA